CGGGGCGCCGGGGGCCGCGGGCGCGCCGGGGCUGGGCCGUGCCUGCGUCACCCGCUCGCUCCCCAAACACGCCUGACCUGAAAAGGCGGUUCCUGCCCGCACCGGGGCCGUGCCACCCGCCGCCCUCUUCCCCUCCCCGCUGUCCCCGCAGUGUGCACGGGCACCGACAUGAAGCUGCUGCGCCCCUCCAGCCCCGAGAGCCACUACGAGACCCUGCGGCACCUCUACCAGGGCUGCCAGGUGGUGCAGGGCAACCUGGAGCUCACCUACCUGGCCCCCGGCGCCGACACCGCCUUCCUCGAGGACAUCAAGGAGGUGCAGGGCUACGUCCUGAUCGCCGAGAACCAAGUGAGCGGCGUGGGGCUGCGGAGCCUGCGCAUCAUCCGCGGGACGCAGCUCUUCCAGGAGCGCUACGCCCUGGCCGUGCUCGGCAACUCGGGGCUGCGGCAGCUCGGCAUGAGGCACCUCACAGGUCGGGGGGGGCACGGCUGGGGGGGCCCUGCGCGAG